AUGAUACGUAAUAAUGGUCACGGCGGUCGACAUUUCCCCCCACGAGUGUCGCCGGCCGACCAGAAGAAAUACCUCAAGCGAUGCACCGAUGACCUUUACGCCUGGCAGCGCCAGGAACGACCCGCCAACCAGCCCUUCGUCCUGCACGAUGGCCCUCCCUAUGCGAACGGCGAGCUGCAUGUCGGCCAUGCGCUCAACAAGAUCCUGAAGGACAUCAUCUGUCGGACACAAUUGGGGCGAGGAAAGCGCGUUCGCUAUGUCCCGGGCUGGGAUUGUCACGGUCUACCUAUUGAACUAAAGGCGCUUCAAGGGCUACAAGAUACGGAUGCGAAGGAUGGAUCUAUGGGUGCAGCUGUCAUUCGCAAAUCAGCACGUCAGCUUGCGAGGCAGACUGUCAAGGCCCAGAUGAAGGAGUUUCGCGGGUUCGGCGUCAUGGCUGACUGGGACAAUCACUGGAAAACAAUGGAUAAGACGUUUGAGAUGCGGCAGCUGGGAAUUUUUCGAGAGAUGGUCGACCGGGGGCUUAUCUACCGGAAAUUCAAGCCAGUCUACUGGUCUCCGUCUACCGGGACAGCGUUGGCAGAGGCGGAGCUUGAAUACAAAGACGAUCAUGUUUCAACGGCUGCAUUGAUCAAGUAUCCGAUUGUGGAUAUUCCGGGGCAUGUUGCAAACCUUCCAGAAUUGCAAGGAAAAGACCUUAACGCAGUUAUUUGGACUACAACGCCAUGGACACUACCUGCAAAUGCCGCCAUCGCUGUCAGUGAUUCUUUGGAGUAUAGUGUCGUUCACUCUCAGUCCCACGGAUACCUUCUUGUUGCACAGUCGCGGGUUCAGUACCUUCAGAGCAUGCUGAAGGAGGAUUUACCUGUCAUUGUACCAUCUAUUCUUGGCUCAGAUCUUGCGGAAAAAGCCUCGUAUCGACCUCUGUUCAAGGGCCCAGAAGCCGAGCCCCAGCCCAUCAUUGGGGCGGAAUUUGUCACAGCAGACUCGGGAUCUGGACUAGUUCACUGCGCGCCUGGCCAUGGUAUGGAUGAUUACGAGGCCUGUCUUGCUCGUGGAAUCCCUGUCUUCGCUCCUGUCAACGACGAAGGCAAGUACACGGACAAGGCUAUGCCAGAAGAUCCUGCGCGCUUGACUGGCAAAGCUGUCCUCGGGGAGGGCAACGGUGCUAUCUUGGAAUACGUACAGUCCUCUGGCCACCUGCUUGCCCAGCAUCGCUAUGAACACAAGUAUCCUUAUGAUUGGCGCUCGAAACAGCCGAUUAUUAUUCGCGCCACCGAACAAUGGUUUGCAGAUGUUGCGGACAUCCGCGGGAAUGCGCUGCGUGCCCUCGAGGACGUUCGCUUUGUUCCGGAGACUGGUAAGCAUCGCCUGCAAAAUUUCGUGAAGAAUCGUAGUGAGUGGUGUAUUUCACGGCAGCGUGCUUGGGGAGUCCCUAUCCCAGCGUUGUAUCACCGCGUCACCGGCGAGGCGAUUCUUACUAAAGAGAGUGUCUCUCAUAUAAUGGAAACCAUUGAGCAGCGUGGUAUCGAUGCUUGGUGGACAGACAGUGCUGAUGAUCCUGCUUGGGUCCCGGUCUCUCUUCGAGAAGAUGCUACUGCGUACCGUCGCGGCACUGACACCAUGGAUGUUUGGUUCGACAGUGGAACCAGUUGGUCCGAGAUCGACGUCCCUAUCGAAGGACGUACCCACCCUGCAGAAGUAUACCUGGAAGGUACCGACCAACACCGAGGCUGGUUCCAGUCUGGUCUCCUUACUUACAUCGCUCACCAACUUGCCUCUGGCUCGUCUGAAAAACCACGGGCCCCGUUCAAGAACCUUAUCACGCAUGGCUUUACCCUCGAUGAGGACGGUCGCAAGAUGAGCAAAUCGAUUGGUAAUACGAUCCCCCCGCAAACCAUCAUGGACGGAACUCUCUUGCCUCCGUUGAAACCACGAAAGGGCAAAGGCAAGAAGCAGCCGGAAAGCCAGGAGCCAAGCUAUGAUGCCCUGGGCCCCGAUGCUCUUCGGAUGUGGGCGGCAAGUAGCGACUACACGCGCGAUGUGGUCAUUGGGAAACAAGUUCUCCAAACCGUUCACACAAGCCUCCACAAGUUCCGUGUGACGUUCAAGCUGCUUCUCGGGGCGCUGGCCGAUUUCCGACCGGAAUAUGCGGUGCCAUACGAGCAACUGCAGCAAGUCGAUCGGAUUGCCCUGCACCACCUCUCAGACAUGGUCCUGCGGACACGGACUCACUGUGACAACUUUGAGUUUUACAAAGCUGUCAAUGUGCUGAACCGCUGGGCUAAUCUGGAGUUUUCUGCUUUUUACAUGGAGGCCAUCAAGGACCGACUCUACACUCUAGGCGAAAACAGCACUAGUCGCCGUGCUGCUCAGACCACUCUUUCCUACGUGUAUAAGCAUCUCCAGGAGACCCUGGGCCCCAUCACCCCCUUUACUGGUCGAAGAGACAUGGGAGCACACUCCCGAGGCCAUCCGCUCACAGAGCGGACAUCCUCUCCAGCGGACUUCAUCGUUGCGGUUCAUACCGUGAUUAAGGCCUUGCAGGAGAAAGCCCGAGGCAGAAAACAGCUGGGCUCGUCUCUGCAGUCGUUCGUCCACCUGGCUCUUCCGAGUGGCAUGACCGAUUCGGUCUUCCACCAGCACCUCUCCGAGCUGCCCGACCUGUUCGUGGUCUCCCAGGUCACCGUUGCCAAGGCUAGCCAGGCUGCUCCAGCAGAGGUGACCGAGGCUGAAUGGCAGUACCAGGAGGUGUGUGGGCUGCCUGGCCACCCGGACGCGACCGUCUAUGUUUAUGCGCCUCAGGCAUCCAAGUGUCCCCGCUGCUGGCGUUACGUCGUUCCAGAAGCGGAACCGGUUCCAGACUCUGAAGCUCCAGCGCCGAUCUGCGAUCGAUGCGCUUCUGUGAUCGACGAGUUGGAGUAG